AUCAAGUCGAUCUUGAUCUCGCUAUUUAUAUAUAUGCUGGGUGGCUGCUAGAGCUGCGUCUUCAAUUCCGGCCUGUUGGAUCCCCGGCUCUGCCUCGAGCAUGAAGAGCUUGUUGCAGUUCCUGGAGCGGGAGAGGCGGCGGCAGCAGCAAGGCGACGAGGAGGAGGGGGCGGCGCUGGUGCUGGUGCCUCAGCCGCCUCCGGACGGCGACGACGACCAUGGAGGAGGAGGAGGAGGAGCUGCUGCUGGCCAUGAGGACGAUCCGGCGGCAGCCAAGCAGCAGCAGCAGCAGCUGGAUGACGACGACGAUCAGGCGAUAGCAGGUUCGAAGUCGUCGAAGCAGGCGGCGGCGUGGUGGAGGCGGCGGCCGCAGACGAAGACGAAGCUGAAGCUGGUGGUGCCGACGAGAGGCGUGGGGCUGGUGGUCGCGGGUCUCGUCGUCCUGGCCUUGGUCGUCGGCGGCAGCAGCAGCUGGUGGAUCCACCUCGACUAUGCAUCGUCGUUCUUGCUCGGCGGCGUCAGGCAGCACCAACGGCGGCCUCCUCACCACGUCCCCUCGCCCGCGGCGGACCUGGUGCCCAUACCCUUCAACUGCACCGCCGGCAACGCCACGACGACUACCACAUCGUCGUCGAUAUCUCCCUCGCCGUCGCCGUCAUCACCACCACCGCUUUUUUCGGUGCAGCAGCAGCAGCAGCAGCAUCCUCCCCGGUGCCCGGAGUACUUCCGGUUCAUCCACUCGGACCUGUCGCCGUGGCGCGCGACGGGGAUCACGCGCGAGGCGGUGGAGCGCGGGCGCGGGCGCGCGGCGUUCCGGCUGGUGGUGGUGGGCGGCCGCGCGUUCGUGGAGACAUACCACCGCGUGUUCCAGACGCGCGACACCUUCACGCAGUGGGGCAUCGCGCAGCUGCUGGCGCGCUACCCCGGCCGCGUCCCCGACCUCGACCUCAUGUUCAACUGCGAGGACAUGCCCGAGGUCCGCGCCGCCGACUUCCCCGCCCGCUCCGACGCGCCGCCGCUCUUCCGCUACUGCAAGGACGACGCCACGCUGGACAUCGUCUUCCCCGACUGGUCCUUCUGGGGCUGGCCCGAGAUCAACAUCCGGCCCUGGGCGCCGCUGCUGGAGGAGAUGGCGGCCGACAUGGCGCGCCUGCCCUGGCCCGACCGGGAGCCCUACGCCUACUGGAAGGGCAACCCCGGCGUGUCCGCCGACCGCGGCGACCUCCUCCGCUGCAACGUCUCCGACAAGAUGGACUGGAAGGCGCGCGUGUUCGCGCAGGACUGGGGCGCCGCCGCCCGCGCCGGCUUCCGGGGCUCCAACCUGGCGGAGCAGUGCCGGCACAGGUACAAGGUGUUCGUGCGGGGGCGGUCGUGGUCGGUGAGCGAGAAGUACAUCCUGGCCUGCGACUCGCCGGUGCUGCUGGUGGACACGCCCUUCCGGGACUUCUUCUCCCGGGGGCUCGUCGCCGGGGAGCACUACUGGCCCAUCGACCCCGCGCGCAAGUGCCCCUCCAUCCGGUUCGCCGUGGACUGGGGCAACGCGCACCCGGCGCGGGCGCGGCGGAUGGCCGCCGAGGGCAGCGGCUUCGCCAGGGAGGAGCUCGCCAUGGACUACGUCUACGACUACAUGCUGCACCUGCUGACCGAGUACGCCCGCCUGCUGCGCUACAAGCCCACCGUGCCGGACAAGGCGGUGGAGCUGCGCGCCGAGGCCCUCGCGUGCCCCGCGCGCGGCCGCGAGAGGGACUUCAUGAUGCAGUCCAGGGAGAGGUACGUCGCCGACUACGAGCCCUGCACCCUGCCGCCGCCCUUCACCGCCGGCGAGCUCAGGGACAUGGCGAGGAGAGACCAGGAGGUGCGCGACAGGGUGAAAAGGAUGACCAUGGAGUACGACCACGACCACAGUCGUCCGCCGCAGCCAUAAAUAUAAGGGUUUGAAUUGAAUUAUACAGUAGCAUUUGACAGCCGCAGCUGAUGCUGACGAUAUGGAUGAGCAAAUGCAUUAUAUAUACAUACAUACAUACAUACAACUACUAUUCCACUCACAUCACUGGAGUUUAUUUGGGCCUCCUGAAUUUUUUUUUUGUAUGGUAUCACUGUAAUAACAUCGUCAUCUAUAUAGAUCA